AUGUUCUACUUGCAGCUGCUUAUGAAUAAGCGUGGGCCUUUGUCCAAGAUAUGGCUGGCUGCUCACUGGGAUAAGAAAGUCACAAAAGCCCAUAUAUUUGAAUGCAACUUGGAGGCUACCAUUGAAAAGAUACUCUCCCCUAAGUUUAAAAUUGCUCUCAGAACCUCAGGACACCUUUUGUUAGGAGUGGUGAGGAUCUAUCACAGAAAAACCAAGUAUCUUUUGACAGACUGCACUGAAGCCCUACUUAAAAUGCAAUCAACCUUUCAGCCAGGACUUGUUGACCUUCCAAAAGGAAAUUCUGAAGCAAAUUAUGAUGCCAUCACAUUGCCUGAAGAGUUUUAUGAUUUUGACACCCAACUUCCAGAGAUGAAUGCCAUUGAUGUUGCUCAACAUUUUACACUGAACCAGAGCAAAACUGAAGACAUCACAUUGACAGAAGAUUAUAGUCAGAAUGUCCUUCUCAAUGGUGGCAAUUUUGGUGAGGAAAUUGAAAUUCCAAGGCACUGUAGCUUUUUCAGUGACAGUUUAAUAAAUAGUUCCAAUAGUCUCUUGGCUGAUCACAGUUUUUUGAAUUUAACUGGAGACAAAAUUGCAUUAGAGGGUGAUGGAUUUGGAGAUGAAGGAGUUGCAAGAGAUAUGAUUGACGAUGUUCUUGGAACUGACCAGAAUGGCCUCCUUGCAAUAUUCGACAUAGAAGAGGAACUUCCCUUAUCUCCAAAAGAUCCAGUUGAUGAUAGAAAGGACCAGGCUUUUUCUAAACAUGAAACAAGAAAUUACCAACUUAAUGAAACAACAUUAUUGUCCAAUGAGGAAGUUGGCUUUGUUCUUGAUCCUGUUCUUGAUUCAGCUCUCGUAAGGAAACAAAGAAGUAAAAGAAAAAGGAAGUUACUGGUUGAUGCAGUGAAGCAGCUAAGCAAAGCUACCAUGCAGAAGCAACUUAUAAGUUAUGCGGAUACAGUAACCACAUUGGAUAUUGCACCUCCCACAAGGAAGCUGAUGAUUUUACAAGAAUUGGGUAGCGUAGACAAACUUCUGAGCAGACCCAGCCAACCUUUAUUUAGCAAAGAUUUGCAGAGGCUGUUUGCUAAAUGUCUCAAGAAUGGAAGAAAAAAGUGGCAGCAGGAGAUUGAAGAAAGAAGCAAACAACAAACUGGCCAAGAACUACCAAUAGCAGAAAGUUUAAAUAUACUGCAGGACACAAUUUAUCCAAAAACACAAUCUGUGUUGCAAAAUAGCAGAAUCGAAAGGGAUAAUAAUAUAAUUUUUAAAACUAUGGAAACUGUUGACAUGCUGUCUGCUUUAUCUGAUGGCUCUUUACCAUCCCCGGUACAAGAAGAAUCAGAGAAUGAACAGGAGGUCUUGGAAAAUAGACCUCGGACAAAUAAUUUGGACAACGAAGAACAAAGAAGAAGUAAGAGAAUGCUAAAGCUGUUAAAUACUUUCCGGCACUUUGAACAGAAAGGAACAAAGUCUUUCAGUUUUCUGUCCCUCUGUAGGAGCAAGAACAAGAAAGAAGUUGCAGCAAAGUUCUACAGCUUGCUUGUUCUAAGGAAACAGCAAGCUAUUGAGGUGGCCCAGGCUGCUCCCUAUGUUGACGUUAUAGUGACUGCAGGCCCAAAGUUUCAUACUUUCUGA